AUGCAGGAGGCAUACAAGAUCGCCUCUGAACAUAGUAAAAAGAGCUCUGCAAAAGGGAAAAAUACUAUGAUCGUGGUGUCAGAGGAAGUGUGCUUCAGCCAGGUGAUCGUGUGCUUGUACGCAACCUAUCAGAGAGGGGCGGGCCCGGCAAACUCCGUCCGUACUGGGAGAACAAGGUUCACCGUGUUGUUGAGAGGAUGGGAGUUGGGUCCUGUGUAUCGAAUUCAAGCUGAAACUGGUGAUCGCACUCUACGUGUCUUGCACCGUAAUCUUCUUUUGCCUGUGAAUGAUCUGCCUAUUGAACAUAAUGGAGUGGACAAUCGGACACGGAAACAACAAAGGCAGAGGCAACAUCACAAGAACAGCCAACAUCACAGGUCUGAUACCUUAGAGCACGACUCCGGUGAUUCAGGGGAUGAGGAAGAAUAUGCUUGUAAUCCCAGACCAGUCCCAGUAUAUGAAAGGGGAAAAGCCACUCUCAAACAGUCCCAUCAUGAGCCAGGUAGUGAUCUACGAGUAGCGGCACCAGAGUUUCAUCCGGAACACCAUAGAGCUGAGCCAGAUAACCCUCAAACAUAUGAGCAACCACUCCGGUUUGUGACACCAGAAUCAGAGCAAGUACUGGCUGACCUGUUGCCAUCUCUGGAAACUCAGGAACAAGUAGACGACUACAUAGCUGGAAGAAGUAAUGAGGAUACUGACCUGGGAGUGGAGCCGGUUGCACAGCCAAUGAAUGGGGAAGACAUCACCCUGCGGAGGUCAGCACGGGCAGUAAAGCCAAAGGAGAUGUUCACAUAUAAUCAGAUGGGACAACCCACAUACCUACCUUGGAGACCAGGAGUGAAUGCAAUGCACACCUGUGUACUGUACCCUAUUCAUACUUACCCUGUCAUACCUGAUGCCUCUCACUAUCCUUCUCCACUUGUGUGGGCAUAUUAGACUUAAGAAAGGACAAAUGAGGCAGGACUGUUGACAUUCAAAUACUUACCUGUCCUUUGAUCAGACUGAUAGCUCAUUUCUCUUAUCUUCAGAACAAAAAAAAAACGUUCUUCUAUUCUGUUGUGUUAGUUCUGGAUGCCCGGAGGCAUCUCUUAAAGCUGGGGAGAGUGUAAAGGGUGUUAAAAUGUUUAUUCAAUAAUUAAUUGAAAACUGAUACCUCCCUAUAUUUUUUUUUAAUGUGAACACCAAUAGUUCAGAAUCAGUUCACAGCCACGCCAACGGAUGGCGCUUGAGCGCUCCUGUGAAGCACACCAUAGAGACUAGUUUUUUCCCGGGUGCGAUCUCAGAAGUAAACUGACGCACCAAAGGAACGACACUCAUUUUGUCUGUCUCUUUAUUUAUUCACAGUGUUUUCACAGAUACACAGUGCUUCACUGCCUGUGUGUCCUUUGCUGCCAGCCCAGAUAUCCCCUAGGUCUGAGGC